UAUCAUAGUCAUAGAUAAUUAUGACUGAGGAAUUAUGUCAGUGCCUAUUACAGCUUUGCUGUUUUGCUAACUGAAUGAGUUAAUAUUACUGGUGUUGCUCAGGAGACUUGACCCAUGGGAGCAUACGUGUUGCAUCAAGCGACACACAGCUUUCAAACAAGUCCAAGUAACCACAAGGGAGUCAAUAAUGGAUCCACGUCUGUUCAUCCACAAUACCAUACCACUCUCCCUGUGGACAAUUAACUUCACAUAAACCACUGUGCACAGCACACACACACUCCCACAAGCACACAUAUAUACAGAUAACCACACAUAGAAAUUCAUCAUGCAUGGAUCUCUUGAUCGAAAACCUUGUCCUCCCAACACUGCAUGUGUUUCUGAGAAAGAAAGAACUUUGACAUAAUGAUCUACAGCGCAAGGUAUUCUGGGAGCAUGAACUGCAAGGUUUUGGCCUAAUUUUAACAAGUGUCCCUGAAGACCGGCCUCUAUAAAAGCUUUGGAAAAAAGAACAUAGGUGAGCGUACAAAUACAAGGAGGUUGGCAGAAGUGUCUCAAACAGAUGUAAUCACGCUGAGAAGCAGGAAUGUCAAAACAACUUGCAAGUUUCCGAAGACUAUGAAAUCAUACGGAUAUCUUUGAGGCUCAGUUACCAUUUAGGUCGUUCACCACACGAGUGGUAAUGAGUCGCUGGCGGCAGUCAGUGGUGGAAAUCCAAACCAGAAAGAGGCAGGUGAAUGAAUGCGAGCGAGCACAGGCCGCCCUGAGCAAAGUGACAGCCUGCUUCCAGCAAAUGGCCUCCUCCUUGGGGAGCAACAUGGAUGGGAGCUUCCUUAGAGAGGAGCUGGAGGAAACCAGGACAGUAGCUCAUAAAAUAUGCUCAGGGCUUCACCGGAGGCUGCCGAGUCUGCUGAUAGAAAUGGAGCAAGGACAAGAGGACAAAGAACAGGUUGAACGACUUUGGGUGAUCUUUUUGUCCAGCUUGGAAAACUUCCAGCAGGACCUAAAGAAGAUCAAAGUUUUGCAAGAGAUAUUCCCUCUGACCCAGCGCAAAGAUCGACAAGCCCUCGUCAACACAGGUUAUGCAGGUGGAACUUCGGAAGUAGCAGCUCGGGCAGCCAUGGUGCAAACGCCAUGGUUAUCAGUAGAGGAGACUGCAAGCCCAGACCUGAAGAACCACAUAGUGGAGAUUGAUGUUCUGCUUGAAAAAAUGUUUCAAAGAGUUAAUGUUCCACUGUGGUCUGUUGAACCCACACAACAAGCCUGGUUAGAAGGCGUGUCUACCCAAGAUGGUGGGCAAGAAGAGGAUGAAAGCUUGGAGGACAUCAUGGAAGUGGAGGUGGUGUCUCAAAAUAAUACAUCAGGCUGUUGCAAUCACCACAACUGCAAAGUAGGCUGUCUACUAUGCCUGCUUAGCUAGGUUCUGGAACUAGAUUAAAUAAAAUAAAAGUUUUGAAAUUGAGACAUGCAUUCUGCAAUUACUUUUCAAUAACAGGUUAAAAUUGCUGACAAUUAUACUCUGUAAGCCUCUCAAUUCAAUACAGAACAUUUUUCAGACAUUAUUCUUAACUGAUCAGUUGU